UAACAUGAUUCCAUAUCAGGGGAAGACCAAGCCCGAACUUGAUCUUUCAGCUUUGCUGCAUGUGGGGGUGGAUAUGCUUAGUUUUUCUUCGCAACAUAGCUACCCGCCGCUUCUGUCUGGUCUAUUCCCGAGAACAGAAGACACUAUUCUUUUCGCACAUCUGAGCCUGCCCUCAGGGGUUGGUACACCGGUAUAACUUUUUCAGUUAGGUGGAUUGAUCAUUUUUCUACCGCUUAUCACCUAUUCCGUCCGACGUCCGUGUGCUGAAAUCCCUGUCUAACUUUAAUUAUGCGCCAGCGUUGAGCGAGACAGCGUCAAAUGGACUGUACAACUCCAAACUCGUACUCUUUGUACUAAUCUGUAAUGAUUUAGUUAUAGCUCUUACAUAGUGAGGGUGAGACGCGGUGAUUGCGCCCAGUAGAUCAUCUCGUGAGGGCGGGUCCAGCAGCGCGAAUGUCCGCAGAUUCCCUAACACAGCGCAUGGGGCUUACAGUAGGUGUAGCACGAAGAAUUGCAUAGUUGCAUUGGAACUUAGAUGUUCAAAUUCUUCCACUUCACUCUUUUAAUAAGCUCAGACUUAUAAUUAUCUUCGCAUUGCAUUACUUCUUGUCACUCGUUUUACCUAGUCCUUUACAAAAAAUAUCUUCUCUGCUUCACAAUGCAUCUCUUCUCCACGAAGGCGGUUCUACUCAGUUUCGCUAGCUUAGCAAUCGCUGAUAGCUGCACUGAGGGCCCGUUUGUCAAGGAUCCGCCCAAAGCCGGUGUGUUGCCUCCAAGCCCUGCCUGCCACACCCGGUGGGACAAUGGCGAGGUUAUCGUAGGAGUGGAAGCCUGGGCCGCCAAGUUCCAAAUGAAGGCCAUCCGGUUCAAAUACUCGCAACAGGGCUGGGGCCCAACCCUCGGCACCGUGGAUAAGCAUUCGGAGUACCAUGCGGUUGGAGAAUGGAGCGCAUCGGAAAAAAUCAGCAUUCGCAUGUGGAACAACAAGCCCGACGAUGGCGAUCCAGUGGAUGCGGUCGGCUGGAUCCAAAUCUCGAAGAAGAAGAACGGAGAGAAGCUCCUCGACAUCGGCGGCGACCCCAAGAAGACGGCCAAGACAGAGAACUACGGCGCCAACAUGGGUGGUGAGAUGAUUCUUGGAGCCCGUGUUGGAUCUGGAGCAUGGCUUGACUAUCUUGAGUUUAAUAUGCUGAAAUCGCCAGUCGAGAAAGCGGAGCUCACUGAUGUGAAGAUGAACGACAGGCUUGAGGACGUUAACAAGAAGCAACAAGGCAUCGACAAUGUUGACCUUAAGACUAUGUACUUCGUCAACGAGAACCCUAAGAACGGUUCCAACAUGAUAUACGGUCAACACAUGUCCACCACGGAAAAAACCAGAAAGGAAAUUACAACUGAAACGACGAACGAGUGGUCAGCGGGAGUCUCCAUCACUGUCGGUGCAUCCGUCGGCAUCCCGCUUAUUUCAGCCAACGUCGAGACAACGACAAGCGUCGGCUAUGCGAACACGGAGUUCAAAUCCGAAACACUCGAAGAAGAGGAUGUAGAGACACUUGAAUGGGACUUCAGAUGUGACCCCGAGACUCCUCUUCCUCCUCAGCGUGCUGCCAAGUGUGUCGCCAGGAGUACCAGCGGUGACUACAAAGGAUCCUAUGUUGGCACUGUUAAAGUUGAGUUGAAGGACGGAUCAACCUACUCGUACAAAGAGGCUGGGGAGGUAACGAGCCUGAGUUUUCUCGAUGCUAGCGCGUCAUGCAAGGAGAUUGAUCUCAAAGAUGUCCCGAGCGGCGCAACAGUUGGCGAGACCGAGGAAGUGAAGAAUGAGAAGAGAAAUCUCCAACACUUGCGAGUCUUCCGCCCGUAGUCAGGGAAGGCUGUAGAGGGAUUACAACGGGCUUGGUCUUCGUCGAC